UUACGGUAUUAUUUGCCCCCCCCCCCAUAGGCCAGGCUCUACCUGCAUCCAUAAGUGACGUGUAAUGUAAAUAAUGGUACUUUGAGUCGAUCUGUUUUUAGAAUAGCCUAUAAUCAUAAAUCGGAUAUGGAGUAUUUCAAAAGUGGAUUAAAAUCUGUCCUAGGAGCUCCUCAACCUGGAGCCCAACCAUCUGGGGCCGAAACAGUUGAGCGAUUGGUUGAUCGUGUCCAAUCAUCAACCCUGCUGGAUGACCGACGAGAUGCAUGCAGAGCCUUGAAAGCGCUAUCCCGAAAGUAUCGUGUAGAGGUGGGAGCUCAGGGAAUGGAUGCGCUCAGACAAGUACUUGAGAUGGAUCACAAUGACUGUGAGAUUGUAGGCUAUGUCCUGGACACGUUAUGCAACAUCACGUCUCCUGAGAUCUUUGAAGAAGAAGAACGUCCAGAUCUGAGCCAUGAGUCCUUAUCUCACGUAGGAGAACAGUUUACUGAGAUUUUCAUAAAGAAGCCAGAAAACGUUGGUCUUGUUUUGAGUUUCAUGGAAGAAUAUGAGUUUCAAGUUCGCUGGCCAGCUGUUAAACUUCUUACUACCUUAUUAGCUAACAAGCCACGAGACAUUCAAGAGAUCAUCCUCGUUAGUCCUAUGGGUGUCUCGAAGAUGAUGGAUCUCUUGGGAGAUAGCAGAGAUGUGAUCCGCAAUGAGGCCCUGCUGUUAUUGAUCCAGCUGACCAAAGGUAAUGCCAAUAUCCAGAAGAUCGUUGCUUUUGAAAAUGCGUUUGAUCGGCUGUUUGAAGUGAUCAAGGAGGAGGGGGGAGCAGACGGGGGGAUUGUGGUGGAAGACUGUCUCCUACUCAUGUUGAACCUGCUGCGUAACAACACCUCCAACCAGAACUUCUUCAAAGAAGGCAGCUACAUUCAACGCCUUGCGCCAAUGUUCACUUUGCCACCGGAAGGUGAGGAGGGUGCUGGUUGGUCUUCUCAGAAAGUCGCUAACAUCCACUGUGUGCUGCAGAUUCUUCGCACCCUGGUGUCCCCUGGUAACCCCGCGCAGGUGACGGCUUCGUGUCAGCGAGCGCUUCAUGCUAGUGGUAUACUAGAGGCUCUGUGUCACAUGCUGAUGGCGGGGGGUGUGCCUGUGGACACCCUGACUGAGACUAUCUGUGCCCUGGCUGAGGCUAUACGUGGUAACCAUGGAAACCAGCAAUACUUCACCACCGUCAUGGCCCCUUCCACCCCUCCCAGGGAAGCGAUAGUGGUCCUGUUGAUGUCUAUGGUGAAUGAGAAGCAGCCAUUUUUGCUGCGCUGCGCUGUCCUCUACUGUUUCCAGUGUUUCCUUUUCCAAAACGAAGAGGGUCAAAGACAACUUGUGAAAACACUGCUUCCCAGCACUACUGAAGUGGUGAACCUGUCCAGCGGUCAGCUGCUAUGUGGAGGUCUCUUCAGCCACGACCCUCUGUCCAACUGGUUUUCAGCGAUUGCCUUGUCUCACGCGCUCAUAGAGAACCCAGAGCAGCGGGAGGAAUUGCUUAGAGUGCUCCUGGCGGCCAAUACUGGCAACACUCCUGUCAGCCUACUACACCAGGCUACACAACUACUGCAACAUAGCAGCAAGGUGCAGAGCAAGCUUGGGUUGCUGAUGUUACUUUGCACCUGGCUGGCUCACUGUCCUGCAGCAGUCAAACAGUUCCUCAGCAUUCCAUCCAGCAUACCAUAUCUGACUGCUCAGGCUGGCAGCACCGAGAGAGACGACAAUGAAGAGUUGGUUCAAGGAGUCUGUGCGUUUCUCAUUGGAAUCUGUGUGCAGUUCAAUGACGACUCUGUUACCAACUUUACCAAAGAGAACCUGAGACACCUGAUAGAGAAGCGUAUCGGACACGAGGUGUUUCUAGCCAAGCUGGGCGAAGUGAGCCGUCACGAGCAGUACAGCAAGGCGUCCAAACAUCCAGAACUGAAACCGAGGUCUCCUGCGGAACUGUUGUUAGACCAUGAGUUCUGCAAACUCUUCAAGGCUUUGGAAGGAAUGAUCAUCAAGACGGUAACAGCAAAGACAGCAGCCGAUCUUCUAAACGGAGACAUGGAGUUGUCACCAGCUGAGAGUGCAAUGGUGUUGCAAUACAAAGACCUCAUACGAGAACAGGACAAACGCUUACACGACCUUCAACUGACAGUGGACAGUCUCAGGCAUGAGAACCACAUGCUGGCAGCUCAGAACGAGGAGCUGAACAACUCCUUAGCUCAGCUGAGGGAUCAGAACAUGGUGCUCAGAGCUCAGGUCAGUUCCGGAGGCAUGAAUACUGAGGAAGACGAAACAGCCGAGUUGAGGGCAGAGCUCAAAAACAAAGAAACUAUUAUAAAGGAAUUGAAUGAAGAACUGAAUGAAGCUAAAAUUAGCAGCAGUUUACAGAAAACAGUCAUAGCAGAAAGCAGCAGUCAAAACAGUGAAGAGUUGCAGAGGCUAAGGGAUGAGUUAACGGAAGCUCACCAGAGACUAGCGGAGCUCACAGAAGAGUCUAUGGAGCUCGCGAGACUCAAGAGAGAUCAAGAAGACUUAUUGGAACUGCUUGCAGACCAAGACGCUAAAUUGGGCAACUUCAAGGUGCGACUGAGAGCAUUAGGAGAAAAGGUGGACGAAGAUGAAGACCAGGACCUUGAUGACGAUGUUGAUUUACCAAGUGAAGAACUGACUUCUCAGAGUCUAGCGUAGUCUGUGUAGCACAUGGUUAACAGCCAACAGUCCAAAGUGUCUUUCUACAACGCUGCAAAGUUGAAAGUAUACAUCCUGAUAAAGCUGUCUCAGAUCAAGCAAUAAAGUGAUGCUUUCUCUAUUUGAGAAGAACUGGCUGAUCUGAAGCCUCAUAGUAUUUAUUAAAUCUAAAUAAACUUUUAAUCUAAAACAAUUUCCUUCUACUUGUGUAUCGGCUGUAGGCUAAACUCUUUAAUCAAUUCAGGUCAAGCACGGCUACGAGAUACAGUGUAUAGUGAUAGUGUUAUUUAUUUUUUAUUUAUUUGAACUAAGUGUUUUAAAUGAGGAAUUGUGUGAUAAAUUUGAUGAUGAAUUUGAUGGGCACACACUUAUCUUAUCUGAUUGUUAUCAGGUUGUUUUAGUUCAUUUUACACAGUAGAAAUAAUGCCAAAUUCUAAUAUGAGUGAUGACUAGGAAAAUAAGGUCCAGUUACUUGUAUUGCAAUAACCUUGCAAAAUAACAAGGCAAAUAACAUUUCAUAUCUUGUUUUAUUGCAAUAAAUUAUCAAUUUCAGCUAUCAACCAUGGAGAUAGUGACGCCACUUUGGUGCAUAUUUUAACCCAAAUACACAAGUGAAUGGGGGUUCACAGGGUAAAAAUUUGGUUUUCUAAUUUUUUGACCCUCUAAACUAAAACAUUUCUCAAUUACUCUUUAGACCAUUUUUAAGAGCUUAAAAAACAAAUUUUUCGUAUAUGAAAGUGUUUUUUACGGUUAUUGGUUACGGUGAAAAUAAAAAAAAUAUUGUAAAUCUAAAAUGUUCAUGUUGUUCUUAUGGAGAAUAUUGAAAAAUGAAGUUGUUUACUCUUGUUUAUGGAUAUAUUUUUAUCAAACUUGGCAAAAUUAAUUUAUUUUACACUAACCUAUUUAUAUUUAAAAAAAAACACUAUUAGUCUCCCUGUAGCAGCAAACCUAGGUACUCGUUAAACAGUAAAAGACUACAAGAUCUCACCACUCAUCUCCAUUCAUACUUGGCAUAAGAUACCUGCAUUUGUAUGGUCGCAAUUUCAUAGUAAAGUAUUAAACCUAAUACUUUAAUACUUUCUUAUUAAAUGGCGAUAAUGUUAUUUGAAUAUAUUUAAUUGAAAAUCAAUUCAGGCAAAUCAAAAAUCGCUUAUUCGGCAGGUUUGCCGCGGCGGGCGUAUUUUACAGUUAUCAAUAGAAAGGCUCUACUACUGAAGAAGGAGCUAGUAGCUCCAAAAGUUCAAUAAUGAUAUUUUAUUUUAUUUUGCAUGCUACAAAACAGAAUAAAAAUUCCAUUAACAUUGCAGCACUUAUACGGAUAAAGAACAUGCUUUGAGUUCAUGAAACUAUAAGCUUUUUUAGUUAUAGUUGAUUUUAAAACUAUAUUUAUCCUGAUAAUUAGACCAAUUGGUAUAUACCAAGGCAAAAAUGUGGUUCGGAUUCCACUAUAAACUGUAGAUCCCUUAGUUGUCAUUAGCUGUAUGGGCUUUUAAUUAACAGCUGUGUCUAAGGAAUAUGUCGGCCUUAGUCACUAACAAGACUACAAGAUCGCACCACCCAUCUACACUCAUCUCCAUUCAUACUUGGCUUAAAAUACCUACUUUGUAUGGUCGCCAUUUCAUCAAAAAGUAUAAAUGUAAAGUAUAGUUGGCUCUAAGUUCUAACUAUACUUGUUAACCAAUGUUGUUUUAAAUUUUCUGCAUUCGAGAAACUUUCCACACUCGCCUGCCGCAGCAAAGUGCCACUUCGCACACUAGUUACACAAAUAACUAUUGGAAACAUAACUCGACAUUUACCUUCGAAGUUAUGUCAAGCAAAGUUAUAUUUCUUAACAAUAUUGGCAAGUUAAAUUGUGCAGGUCAAUGAAAACUGUAUUUGUAAUAUCUUGGGAUUUUUGGUUUUUUUUCACUUUUAUAAAACUUAGUGUGUUGUUUUCCAUGAAACCUUUUUCAAUUUUGCAUUCCUUAUCUGUUGUGAUUUUAUUGCUGUAUAUAAUCUCCAGGAAAUUUUGUUUGAUUUGUAUUUAAAGGAUUUGCAUUUGUUGUUUUUGAUUUUGUAAGUUAAUAGAUUGAUUUGAAAAAGGGUUUAGUUUAAAAGGGCGCAGAAACGAUUAUCAAGCACUGGAAUGGAUUUUUCGUGACGAGUAGUGAACGAUACUUGUCUACUACGAUACUUUAUCUUGAUGCAAAAAGUCACUCAAAGCGUCUUGGUUUUAAAUAAUAAAAUAUUAUUCAACGGUCUUAUAAUUCUGUUUGAAGUUGUCAUUGCAUAGGUUUAAAAUUUAUUCAGAAGUGAGUUGCCUGAAAAAUAUUUCUUUUAAAACUACAAAAAAUAUUAUAAUAGGGCUACAAUAUCUGAAGGAAAAUUCAACAUUGAUAAACUGAGUACCCAAGUAAACAUUAUUUAUUAAGAUAUUUAGGUACUGACUUGUUUCAGCACAAAUGCCAUUUUCAAAAAUUUUUGUCUAAAAUAUAAUGGGUACAUUAGGGCUCUUGUCAAGCUUAAAAAAAACUUCAUUAGGGCAAGUAAAA